AAAAAAAAAAAAAACUUGUGCAGAGUGGAAGCUUGUGAGAGAUUGUGAGGGUUUUGUGAAGUUGUGAGAGAUUGAAAGUUGCAGAAAAAAAUAAUGGGAAGCAGAUUGGGAAGAAGGGUUGUACAGUUUGCAAACCUACCCAUAAAGCUUCUAAUGCCUAAUUCCUUCACCAACAUCCAAGAAAUCGCUCUCAAGACCAUCCCUUCAGCUACCAAGAUCGAGAUCAAGCGCGUCCUCGAAUCCCUCUAUGGCUUCGAGGUCGAAAAGGUUCGAACUUUGAACAUGGAUGGCAAGAAGAAGAAAAGGGGUGGCUUGUUGAUCGCAAAACCUGACUACAAGAAAGCCUACGUCACCCUCAAGAACCCGCUUUCACUCUCCCCGGAUCUUUACCCGAUCCGAAUCAUCGAAAACGACAAGGAGAAGAUGAAUAAACAGUCCAAGUCCAGCGUCGUCGACGAAUCAGAGACCAAGACCCACUGGCUCGACGACAAGAAGGAGGAUCGCCGGUUCAGCCCAAGACCCACCGGUUCGAACCGUGGACGGUUUGACCGUGCUGAUGGUGCUGCUAAGUUUCCCUGGACCAGCAUGAGGUCUGGUAGUAGUAGUGCUACUAGGUAGUUUUUUUAUUUUUUUUUGGGUAGGUGUUGUUAACCUCUUUGUUCCAUUUGAGCAUGGAAAUGGUGUGAUGGGUUUUAAUCGUUAAGUGGAUUUUGUUGAUUAGUGGUGAUUGUGCUGUUUGCUAAUGAAAUAAAAAAUAAAAAAUAAAAAAAUUGACUUUUGAGAGUGUUGUUUUUGAGUAGCAAAACAAGAAGGACGCAAUUAUACUAGCAAGAUUUUUAUGUGAUUGUUGCUUAUUCUAAGAAGUAAUAUU